ACGGAACAACACUUCGUCUGAAAAAGAAAAACUGUAACCACUAACCCCUCCUUCCUUCCUCUUACUCUCUUGCUCUUAUAUUCCUUUUCCCAAACACAUCACUUUCACUUAUAAAUACACAUUCUUCCCCUUUUUCCCUUCACACUCCCACACCCAUUUCUCAUUCUCUCCGAUAUGGACUUCAUCUCCGAACACGAUUUCCCCAACAUUGACAUCAUUCCUCAUUCCUUCGAUUCAUGGUUCACUUCUCAACCAAACAACCUGCACAAAAUGAUGGAGGUUUCACCCUUGGAGGGUUUCUACGAGCACGAUUGGACUCACCACUUUCCUUACUCAAGCAAGCAACUUUGCUUCAAUGAGUUACCGGACAUUGAAAAUUUCAACUUCGAUUUAAGCCUCCCUCUCCUUGGUGAAGAAAUGGAGGAGGUGGAACAAAAACCCUUGAAAGUAGUGGUGCCCCAAAAGGGGCAUGGUGAUCGUGAUAAGGGUUUUGGGGGUGCUUUGGUGGUGAAUGAGAAAGGGUUUGCCACACGUGUGAAGAAAGAGGAGGAGGAGAAUGUUGAUAAGAAGCCAUUGCCAGUGCCUAGAAGCAAUAUGAAGAAGAAGAAGAAGAAUAAUAAUAAUAAGAAGAGUUGUGUGUUGGAGUUUGAGCAGAUAAAGAAGUAUUUUGAUGUUCCUAUAAAUGAAGCUGCGAAGAAAAUGGAUGUGGGGUUAACCCUUUUGAAGAGGAGGUGCAGGGAACUCAACAUCAUGCGGUGGCCUCAUAGGAAACUCAAGAGCUUGCAGACAGUCAUCGACAAUGUUAAGGAAUUGGGUUUGGCUAACGAGAUUGCCAUGUUGGAGAAGCAUAAAAGGAUGUUGGAAAAGUUACCAGGAUUGGAACUGAGUGAAGAAACCAAGAAGCUGAGGCAGGCUUGUUUUAAAGCCAAUUACAAGAGGAGAAGAUGUCUGGCACUUAAAGCUUGAGCUUCUUGGUUAUUGCGUGGAAUUUGCCAAUAAUAAUAAAGGACAUAUAAAGCAUCAUAUAGAUCAUAGGGUAGGCGAGUUUAUACUGUGAAUUAGGAAACUCAUUUGACUGCACAUCACAUGUUCUUACAACAAGUUCCUUCAGUCGGAGUAGAAGGAUGUUUUCAGCAAUACUAAAAGGGUUUUUCUCUUCUAUACCACCCUCAACUCAAGAAUGCUCUAUGUUAUCUUCUAAUACAAUCUUACU